AUGGCAGCACAGCCCGAGAACCCGCCGCUGCCGCCUCGAAAUGAAUUCAUACACAACUCAGCGCUUGCAGGAGCAAUAAUUACUCCAUUAGCUAUGCUGCUGCCCCCCAGAAAAGCCGACAUCCGAAUGUUCGUUCUGGUGGGAGCAUUCUCACUCUGCACAAACCAACUUGCCUACGAGUACACCGGCCAAUCUAUAUACGCACGAAUGGGAAGCCGCGUGGGCUCAAUAUUCGACACGGGGCUACCAGAAGGCGCAAAGAGGACCCAGCAGCUAUUGAAGGAACAGAGGGAGAGAGAGGCCGCGAAGAAAGCAUCCGAGUCGGAUGGCAAAAGCCGGCUCAAGGACAUCUGGAUGGGCGGCGAGGGAGAAGACUGGAAAGAGAAGAGGGCUGAGGAGCACAAGCAGAGCUUUCGAGAGGGCAAGGGCAUGAGCGAUAUCAUUUUUGACCAGAUUGCCGACGUGUGGAGCGGCAACUGGAGAGGCAAGGCGAACAAGGACGAUUCUACUUUGGCCGAGUCGCAGAGCGAGAAGAAGAAAUAG